CGUAGCUGACUGGCGACUAAGCUGUCUCCGUUAGCUUUGUAAACAAAAGCAGCCAGGCACAAUAUUUUUGUGUCAGAAGUAUUUACGGCGGCAUGAUUCUGUAAAUAUAAUUGUAAAGCACAGCGUCCGUCUUUUGUGUGUAGGAAUGGUCUGACUGGAGCAGACUCUGCAAAGAUGCUCAGCCGUCUGCAGGAGUUGAAGAAGGAGGAGGAGACUCUCCUCAAGAUCAAGGUCAUGCUCCAAGACCAGCUGAAUAGGUUAAAGUUCGAGGAAGGUGCUCUGAAGUCGAUCAUUAAUGCGCAAAUGAAUGGAGAAACCUCACCCUGUGCAAGUCCACUGCCAGAGGUGAAUGUCAACCUCGAUGAUGCAAAUGAGAUCAACUGCACCAAAUUGCUGCUAAAUACUGUAGGUGAUUAUGACAUGGAGGAAGAGGACGAAGAAGAUGAGGAUGAGGAGGACGAGGAUGAUGAAGAUGUGAAUGAUGAACUGAGGCUUGCGCCUGAGGAGGAGGAGGAGGAUGAGGAUUACUAAAAUAUGUAGCUCACCUGGUGUUUGAUGGGGCUGUGAUGUCUGUACUCCAGUACUUACCAAAGGGAGCUGUGCAUUUUUCACCCAUUUUGUAAGACCACUUUUAAUUUAUUAGAGUGAAGUUAGUUGCAGUUGCAGUUGCUGUGCACCGUAUAAAGUGUUCUCCUCUCCACAAGUGGUUUUGAGUUGCCAUUUGAAGGUUGUUUCAUGUUUGUUAAGAGUGUUGUAUUAAUCUUUGGGGACAUUCAUAAAAUCAGCAACUUGACUGAGAACUGGUCAUCGUGAAAUGUGCCUCCAACCUGGGUGGUUUAUGGCUGGGCCAUGCAAGACGACAGUGUGUCUGUGUUGUGUAUGAAACUGUAAUAAGCACAAAGCAAGACAUUGUGAUGUAAAUAAAUUGUAUUGA